UCAACGUUCACCCUCCUUGACCUUGACUACCAACAGCUCAAUCCACAGUCAUGGCUUUCUUCAGACAAGCAACAGCGUCGCUGCGCCUCGCCACACGACCUUCGGUCACCUCAUUGGCCACGCCCGCAACCACGUCCCACUUCCACUCCUCAGCCCUCCGUCUCGCCCUCUCAACAGACGCCCGCAAGAAGAUUGACGCGGCUGUGUCUGCCAAUCCCCUCGUCAUCUUCAUGAAGGGCACUCCCGACCUUCCCAUGUGCGGAUUCAGCCGCGCCGUCUGCCAGAUCAUGGAGGUUCAGGGCGUCAAGCCCGACAGCUUGAAGACGUACAACUGCCUUGAUGACCCGGAGCUCAGGGAGGGGAUCAAGGAGUACAGCAGCUGGCCGACCAUCCCGCAGGUGUAUGUGAACGGAGAAUUCGUGGGUGGAUGUGAUAUUAUGCUGUCAAUGCACCAAUCAGGCGAACUCGAGCAGGUCUUGGAGAAGGCAGGCGUUCUCCAGCCUCUGCCCCCGCCGUCGCAGCAGCAAGCGCAGUCUUAGGCGGUCAGCUACGGCGGAAACAAAGGAUGAAAUCCAAUCGCGGGUUGAUGGACAGCCCACUUCGUCUGCCAGUCAUGAAUAGUGACAUUUUCAGUGCUGGACAGCAGCCGCUCACACAGGGCAAUGAUUCAUUGAGGCUUGAUUGUUGAGGUCGAUUCGGGGCGAUGGCAGCAAGGGAGGAGAUGACGCCUUCGCUCCCAGUGACUCAUGAAGAGGCGCGCUGAUGGUCGAAUCAUGUCGUCGGCUCAUUCAUUGUCUGCCACUCUUCCUGUCCCUUGCCAUUGCAGAUCCUCACCGACAAUGACCACUCCUUCUCAG